GCAUGCACGUGUGGCUGUGUGCGUGUGCCAGGAUCCUGUGUGGCGCAGGUUGACAAAAAAAGGGAGAGCGGGCCCUUCCUUCCUGUCGGUCCAGAUCAUCUGCUGCAGUCAGAGCUCACUGAGGAGGAUGCACUCCGCCUGACGCACAGAGGGAGAGCGAGAAAGUAGAGACAGCCCACCAGAAGAAAAGAAGGCAGGGCUUUGUUAAGCGAGACUAAGACCGAGUGUAGCUUUGUUUUUCAUCGGUUCUUGCCUGCAGUUGACAGGACUGUGACCAUCCUAAACCAAUGCGUUGAUGUGCAUCCUCGCUCUAGUCGUCUACAGUCACUGAUGUCUCAGUGAUGCACUGAGGGCGACGUCAGCGGCAGGGGGUGUGUGCAGUGUCUAGGGCGGCAGUUAACCAUAGGUGUGUGUACCGUACUCUAACCAUGGCGUGUGGACCGUGGGGUUGAGGCCAUGAGGUCAUGGGUUGGGCGAUCGUGACCAUGGAAAAGGACAAGCGGCGGUUCAAGCUGGGCCGUCUGUUGGCUCUGUACAGCCCCAGAAAGCAGCAGCACAAGGCCAGCCUUGUCGCUAUGGCGAGCACCGGUUCACCUGCAGGAAGGAACGGCCGCAGGGAGGAAACGGAGAUCAAGGAGAUCAACAUCACCCAUGUGGUCAAGGAAGGCUCGGAAAAGGCAGAUGCCUCCCAGUUUGAGCUGCUCAAAGUCCUCGGACAAGGAUCCUUUGGCAAGGUCUUCCUGGUGCGGAAGGUGACCCCCCCAGACGACAACCAGCUGUACGCCAUGAAGGUUCUUAAGAAGGCCACGCUCAAAGUCAGGGAUCGUGUGAGGACAAAGAUGGAGAGGAACAUCCUCGCGGACGUGAACCACCCGUUUGUAGUCAAGCUCCACUAUGCGUUUCAGACGGAGGGGAAGUUGUACCUCAUCCUGGACUUCCUCAGAGGAGGGGAUCUCUUCACUCGGUUGUCAAAGGAGGUGAUGUUCACAGAGGAGGACGUGAAGUUCUACCUGGCAGAGCUGGCCCUGGGUCUAGACCACCUGCACGGCCUGGGCAUCAUCUACAGAGACCUCAAGCCAGAAAACAUUCUACUGGAUGAAGAGGGACACAUUAAACUCACAGAUUUCGGCCUGUGUAAAGAGGCCAUUGACCAUGAGAAGGCCUACUCCUUCUGCGGCACGGUGGAGUACAUGGCCCCCGAGGUGGUCAACAGACAGGGACACAUCCAGAGUGCUGACUGGUGGUCCUUCGGAGUCCUCAUGUUCGAGAUGUUGACGGGAGCGCUGCCGUUUCAGGGCAAGGACCGCAAAGAAACCAUGAACCUGAUUCUGAAGGCGCGCCUGGGAAUGCCUCAGUUCCUGAGCACAGAAGCCCAGUCACUCCUCAGGGCUCUGUUCAAGAGGAACCCAGCCAACCGACUAGGAUCUGGGGCCGACGGUGCAGAAGAGAUCAAGAGGCAUACGUUCUUCUCCACCAUAGACUGGAAUAAACUCUUCCGGAGAGAGAUAAACCCCCCGUUCAAACCUGCCGUGGCUCGCCCCGACGACACCUUCUACUUUGACACCGAGUUCACCUCACGCACCCCCAAAGACUCCCCAGGUGUGCCCCCCAGCGCUGGAGCCCACCAGCUCUUCAGGGGCUUCAGCUUCGUAGCCGCCGCCAUGCUGGAGGAGGAGGGGUCUGAGGAGGCCAGCCAGCCCAAACCCCACCCGGUGGUCCAGCAGCUGCACGGGAAGAACCUGUUGUUUAGCGACGGCUACGUGUUGAAGGAGGACAUCGGCAUGGGCUCCUUCUCUGUGUGCAAGCGCUGCAUCCACAAGGCCACCAACACAGAGUACGCUGUCAAGAUGAUUGACAAGACCAACACAGACGCCUCUGAGGAGAUUGAGAUUCUGCUCCGGUACGGCCAGCAUCCCAACAUCAUCACUCUGAAGGAUGUGUACGACACCGGGAAGCAGGUGUACCUGGUGACGGAGCUGAUGCGUGGGGGCGAGCUGCUGGACCGGAUCCUCAAGCAGAAGUCCUUCUCCGAGAGGGAGGCCAGCGCAGUGCUGCACACCAUCACCAAGACCGUGGAUUACCUCCACGCACAGGGGGUGGUGCACAGAGACCUAAAGCCCAGUAACAUUUUGUACGUUGACGAGUCGGGAAACCCAGAGUCCAUCAGGAUCUGUGACUUUGGCUUCGCUAAGCAGUUACGCGCUAACAACGGCUUGCUGAUGACACCGUGCUACACCGCUAACUUUGUAGCGCCGGAGGUGUUGAAGCGACAGGGCUACGAUGAAGGCUGCGACAUCUGGAGUCUAGGGAUCUUACUGUACACUAUGCUCGCUGGUUUCACUCCAUUCGCCAACGGCCCAGAGGACACGCCCGAUGAGAUCCUGAGCAGGAUAGGAAGCGGCCACUUCAGUCUGAGCGGAGGGAACUGGGACGACGUGUCCAGCGCGGCAAAGGACCUGGUGUCCAAGAUGCUGCACGUGGACCCCCACCAGAGGCUCACCGCCAAGCAGGUGCUGAAGCACCCGUGGAUCCUCCAGAGGGACAGCCUGCCCAACAGCCAGCUCCCGCACCAGGACCUCAAGCUGGUCAAGGGUGCGAUGGCCGCCACCUAUUCGGCCCUCAAGAACUCCCAGCCCACGCCGGAGUUGAAGCCCAUCGAGAGCUCCUUCUUGGCCCAGCGACGCGUUAAGAAGCUGCCCUCCACCUCACUGUAGAGACUCUCAAGCAUUCAUUGGCUGAACCGGUGACCAAACCAAAUCCCCAAGCUCCGCCUCCGCCUCCCCCUCCACUACCCAAGCUCCACCCCCUCACUGGCUUUAACCAAACAAGUCAGCGUCUUUCGAGCACUCCACCGUCGUCUAACCAGCCAAGAAACAGUGACACUGUGGUUCUGUGCAACGCCCCCCUACUUGUCUCUUGUGCCCUCCUUGCUGUUAACUUUCAAUGGGCAAAAGUGUGUGUGUGUGUGUGUGUGUGUGUGUGUGUGUGUGUGUGUGUGUACGCGUGUGAACGUGCGUGCUUGACUGUCUUCGUGACCCCCGCCGCAGUACAGCAGCACAGAUUCGUCGUCCUCUUCUUAUUACUAUUAUUGUUUUCACUAUUGACACUGGAAGUGUUUUCCCCCCCCCGCUCUUGGCCUCGCUCUUCUUGAUUGUUGGUCCAGCCUGUUGCACGCCUGGCCUGUCGUCCCGCUCCCGGCUCUCUCUCUCUCUCUCUCUCUCUCUUCUGAUCACGACGAGCUUUAUAUACACACCAUGCCAGUGGACGCGCUUCACAAGUGAACCCACACCCACUUGUGACGACGGCACGGAAACCAACGCCGUACUGUCCAACGGCCCCAAAAAUAAAAGAAUCAGUGGUUAUGGUAGAAAAAUAACAAUUCUACCAUGAAUGUCUUUUUAGGUUUUUGGGACGGCUGGAAUAUGGUGUUUAGGGAACAACAACAGUGGAAUGUAAAUGUUUCGGCCCACGUCAAUCAACGCUUAGUACUUUGUUUGACACCGAAUGUGUGCGUGUGUGAGCUCACGAGUGUGUCCGUUGCACGACUUGGAGGUGUGUGUGUGUGUGUGUGUGUGCGUCGUCUUGUGGGUCCGCUGCAGGGUUGUGUGCAUGGUCCCGUGCAGUGAUGAUGUAAUGUGGCUUCCUCUCCCUCCAAAAUCCUUUGAUCUGAUUGGUCUACCUGCUGCAAAAAUAUGUUUUUUGAGAUUACGUGUCUUGUUAUAUAUUUUUUUAUAAUUAUUACUUAAGGAUACAAAAAAAGGAAUCUAGGGCGGUUUCUGUGAAAGAAACUUGUCUUUGGACAUUGUGGCAUGUUAAUCUGUUUUCUUGUUCCGUGGAGUUAUUUUUGACACUUUUGUCCGUGUUGCUUGGGUUAUCCGUAUAGACUGCCGUUUUCCUGUGUUUUGCCGCUUUUGUAGUUUAUUUUUUUGUUUUUCUUCUUGGUCAAAAAGAAAGUUGUGAAUUAAAUGGUGAAAGAUGUUCAGCACAUUGCAGGAAGGUGAACACCAAGCUCUGUAUAUGUCGAAAAACUGACUGUUCUAUACUGUUCUCCGCCACCCCCCAUCUCCCUCCUGGGUCACUUGACAGUUGCAUUUUGUUCCUCAAUCCACUAUUCACCAUGGAAACACUGUCUUCAAUGGCUUCCACUCUAUUGGCAAAUCUACUGAUCUCAUGAUCUGUGAUUCUUUUCAUUCUGUUUUCUUUUAGGUUACCGGUUAUUAUAUUGCUGGUAUUUAACCAUUAUAUGAAACAUUUGAGGAAAAAAUUAUUGUUUCAUGAAAUGCUUGAUGUGUCUCAUUAGUAGCUUCAUGGGAUGGGUUCUUGCUGAAAGUUCUGUGCCUAGACCCGCAGGUGAAGCAGAAUGUCUUUACAUGAGAAACACAUUAUGGCCGCUGGCCCAGGAUAACCCAUCUGCUCUAGGAAAGAGCAGUCCUACAUGAUUUACUAGUUGCCUCUGUCCACCAAGCAUCGGAAUUAUGUCAUUCUCGACGGUCGCAAAUCGUUCCCCAAUUUUAUGGCAGUAAGUGCAUAUCAAUGAUAAAGAAAAUAUUGCAUCGUAAAGAUUUUUAUAUCUUAAAAAUAUUGAAAUAAAAAUACUGUUGCUAUGACAAAA